AAAAAACAAAUAAAACCCCGCCAUUUUAUCUUCUCCAAGUGAACACAUUCUCUAAGAACACAUUUUGAUUCCUUUGAAUACUGCAUUUGAACCUCGCCAACUGCAAUUUGCGCACCCGUUUCCAAAAUCCAUAGUCAUAUUACGGCAAAAAACCUUGAAUCGUGUAGAAAUGGUUUCUUCAGUAUCACCUUCAUGGGUGAUGUAUCAAGAUAGAGGAAUAUCAAGAACUAUAGUUGCUGUUGAUGGGUCAGUUGCUGCUAAGAAUUUACGUACACAAGAUGCCACGAUAUCUUUUUCAGGAUCAUUCAUUGCUUCAAUCAGACAGUUGAAAGCAGGAUCUAUUAGACCUCUUAGGAAAACGCCUCUCCUUCCUUGUAUAAAAUGUGAGAACUCAAAGAAAGAAGAGAGUUCAUAUGAGCAAGUAUCUGUUGAGCCGCCUCCUUAUCACGUUUACUUUGACUCCACGUCUGGUCAGCUUGAGCCAACUUCCGGAGAUCGUGCAAGUAUUCCAGGACAAGAGUAUUGGCCAGAGGGAACUGCUAGUCGAGUGAGAGCUGCUAGGGCACCUGAGCCAACUGGUGUCUCCACUGGUAGUCCUUCUUAUGGACAAAAGCCUGGAAGUAGGAGGAAGAAGUACAAGGCAUCAGUUUCUGCUUCUGAGGUGCAAGAAACCAGUUCAGCUACGAGUGAACUUGUGGAGGAUGAGACUACCCAUGAUGUACAUGAAGAACCCAAAGAACUUUCCUCAGAUUUUGUUGUUUAUCAGACCGAACCGGAGGAAGAAAACCUAAGUGAAUAUGAGUUGGACAAGAAAAUUGGACGCCCUCAUCCCUUUAUUGAUCCAAAAGCAAAAAAGCCCAUAGAAGAGCCACUAUCAAGUGAAGAACUAUGGUGGAACUGGAGAAAACCAGAAAAGGAGCAAUGGUCUAGGUGGCAAAGAAGACGUCCUGAUGUCGAAACGGUGUUUCUUAAAGCUAUGGCAGAGACAGGGCAAGUAAAGCUUUAUGGUGAUCAUCCUACAUUAACGGAGACUUCACUUUACAGGGCAAGGCGACAUAUAUACAAAGAGGAGAGGCUGAAGGCUGAACAAGAUAGGCUGGAAGAGGUUGGUCCAUUAGCGUAUUACUCAGAAUGGGUCAAAGAUUGGAAGAAAGAUACCUCCAAGGAAGCUGUCCAGAAACAUUUUGAAGAGACUGGUGAAGAUGAAAACACUCAGCUCAUUCAAAUGUUCAUGCAUCAAACUGAUCGGGAGUACCGCAUCAUGAAGGGUACUGAUGUAAGAAUUCGCCGUGAUCCUUUAGCAAUGAGGAUGCGGGAGGACCAAAUAAAACAAAUAUGGGGUGGUGAUCCAGUUUACCCAACUAUUAAUUACAUUCAGGAUCCAAAUGAGGUCAUUGAUUUCAGGGGUCCUGAUUUUCAUGAACCAACGCCAAAUAUGCUGGACUAUCUGAAAGAGCAAGGAAAAGUAAUUUCAAGGGAGGAGUUAGAGAAAGUUCUUGCUGAAGAAAAGCCAGAAGAACUUGAGGCGACAGAUAUGGAUGAAGCCAUGGCACGAGCUGUUGAUAUUGGGGAGAACGAUGACGAGGAGGAGGAAAGUGAGACAGAAGCUGAUGGUGGAGAGGAGGAAAAAAUCUUGCGCAAUUGGAGUGUUCUGAAAAGUAACUCAGGGCUUCAGAAAUCAAAGGGUAAACCAAAAAAGAACAUGUCUUUGGAUGAAGCUAUAGUUGAUUCAGAGAACCUCACAGACUUCCUUAUGGACUUUGAGGAGGAUGAGUAGCCCUGCUGUCGGAGGAAAUAGGAAAUUUGAAGUAUCCACUGCGAUGAACUGAAUGAUGCAUGAGCAUGAAUAUCUCCAUGUGUGCCUCUUCAUUCAAAUUCUUAGCGCAUCUAUAACCUGAUGUUAUCGAUCACCCCCUCGAAGAGUUGCAGACUUGUAGUAGCUAUCACAAUUUCUAAUGGGAAAAAGAACUAACAGACAUUCUUACAACACAUAGUAAAUGAGUGAAUGUAGCUUUCCUGGAACUAUAUUUGAUUCCAAUAUGGGUUGUAGGGGGAUGGCAAGGCCAUGCCGAAGCUCUCCCGUGAUCAUCAUCGAGAAGAAGGGAUAGUAUCAACAUGAUUGAAUGAUGACAUUUGUAUAAAUGCUUUGUUUUGUAAUACAAGUUAAGAUUUUGGUUUCGGGCAUCUGAUGAUGAUUAGUUUGUUAUAGAAUGGAAUAUGGAGGGAGUCUGUUAGCAAGGAGCCCAGAAAUAGAAUGGAUCCGGGUCAGAUCCGAUGGGUGAGGGAGAGAAUUAGAAAGAGGGUAGAGAAUACAGAGAGAAUUGGGAAAGUGGAAACUGUCAUUAGCCAAAAACUGAAUAACCGCCGUCUAAAUUACACUUUUAUCUAAUUCUGAUUUCUACUGCCUUGUAAUUAAUUAGUUACUUUUGAGAUUUUACAGAAUUAUAGUCAUAAUUGGACUAUUG